AUGAACACAAACGACCAGCCUCCAUCCUCCGAGGCCUUACGUUCAACAGCCACCCCAAUCGCACGAGUCUCGACCGACUUUCAUUGUCUUGCGGAGAAGUCGAUCCACUCAGUCGUCACGCUACUAUGGCCGUAUUCAUCGUCCACCAAGUCGCUCAGCCUUCUCCUCGCCGAGCCUGAUUUCCGUCUUCGCCGGUCGAACGGACAAGUAAAGGUACUAUUUCAUGGCCAUAUCGCGGAGGAAGUCGCUAAAACGCAUAUUGGGAUUGGCGACAAGGUCUAUCUGAGCUUGAAUGGGUCGAGGUUGGUGGAAAGCAAUGGGGUGGCCCAAACGCCUGGGAGUCGCUCCUUGUCGGAGCUCCAUUUCAAUGCUUCGGUAUUCUUCGAGGUCUGGCGCGACUCCAAGCUCCUGACUAUUGUCAAAGUCGAUCGCUCCUCGUCACCACCCCCUUCAAAUGACAUACCCGCAACUCCAAGUACACCAAUUACAAAUGGGAACACAUACAUGGCCGGGCCGCUUGGCUCAUCCUCAUGGAAAUCCCCGGCUUUUUUCGAGCGGUCACGGAAAUCCUUCGGUCUUGCAGAUACUGCCUUCGACCCUUUUGCGGAGGAGGAUGGCUAUGUACCAGGUAAAGGGAGGAAACGGCCGAGAUUUAGCAUGCGAAGCAACGAAUGGCGCGUUAUUGAUGAGCCGGAAAGCCCUGGGGAGAAGGAGUUGCCGGAUUGGACGGUCAUAUUUGACGAAGAACUGGCGACUGGGUCGGAUGCCGGCGAGGAAAACACAACUCAGGCUCGAGAUGUUGAGGAAAGCAGCAUUUCAGUCCAACCUGAGGCUGUCCCAGGUGGCUCUCCAUCUGCGUACGCCGACAUUACCAUGAUAGACUUGCAGCCCAAUGUCGCCGAGCCGGAACACGAGCGAACAGAUGAUCGCAGCACCGAAAACGCCAACUUCCUUCGUCCAGACAAUGCCCCGAAAAUGAUCCCCGAACUCACCAAACGAAGCGAUACGGGCGAAUGUACUCAUCUCCCGACCGAUACACCACGGCUGCACCCAAUUCCUUCUCCUGGACUUCCAGCUCCUUCGCCGCUUGUGUCGUCGAACAGUCCCAGCGGCUAUUUCACGCCAGUAGUUGAAGCUGAUGUCGCAAUCCAAUCAAAAACACCCUUAGUUUCCUCUUCGGAAGUAACAUCUGAACACCGUGAUAUUACUUCUCCACCACAUAUCCAGUCCGACGGCGAGGCAAUGCAUAUCGAUGGGGACGAUGCUGUGACUGUUUACACUGAUGAUAUGCAGGUAUUGCCUGACUCUAUUUCUCCUUCUGGCAGGACACCGUCCAGUCCUCAAGUUUUGGGCGGCAAGGCCGUUGAAAGCGCGCCUGCGGCGGACCAGCAACCAGACGAACCAAGGGAAGAGACAUCACCUCAGGCCGAAAUGGAGGCAGCGGAUGCAGUUACACCUAUUGUUCAUUCUGGCGGACCGGAUUCAGACUCGGAGCGUCAAAUUGAAGAUAGGAAAAACGGAGAGAUGAGUGUUGAACCUGAGAGCUCAGAGAAGGGAGAAGAAUCCGAACGGGAUCAGCGGCCUUUUGGAAGACAAAGCCAGGAAUCAGAGGACGAGAGCGAGAGGUUCACAGAUACGAGGAGUGAGCUUAAGGAAUAUGAUGAAGAAGAGGAUGAGGCGGCGGUGGAAGCAGCAGAUAGUGAAGAAGCUCUCGUUGCCCGAAGGGCAUCACACUCCCCAGAAAAGAGUCGAGAUGUGUCCGAGGAGCCGGCUCCUCUCUACGAUGAUGAGGCUCAGGAAGAGGACGAGGCCGCGGGCUAUCAAGAUGAGUACGAAGGCGAUUAUGAGGAGGAUUACGACGAGGAGGAGCUAGAAGAUAAACCUCAAUAUGAGUAUUAUGGGUCAGGAUCAGAGGACGAAUCAGAUUACGAAGGGGAGCCUCAACCUCGAUCUGCGCCGAGGAGUACGGAACCAGAAGUCAUUGUUCUAGACAGCGACAGCGAGGACGAACUCUCUACCCAGCAGCGCAACGAUACGGGUCGCAGAGAAAUGGAAGAAGAUUCAGAAGGUUCUUACGGCUUGGAGGACGAGGUGGAACCGAGGAAGGAAGUCAAUGAUGAGCCAGAUCUUGCCCAUGAACUUGAAGACCAGGAGGGCAUAGAGGAUGCUGAGGAUCUGGAGCAGGAAAGGGAAGCUCAAGACGUAUCAAACCAAGCGUAUGAUGAAAUGGAGGAGUACAAUGACGACCAAGCGCAAGACCACGAAAUCGAGGGUCAGUCGGAAAAUGACAGCAUGGGGGAAGAUAGGUCUCCAAUCUAUGAACAAGCUGCAGAAGAACAGGGAACUGAAAGCGAACAAUUGUACAGAAAAGCGCGCGAUGAGGAACCGGUAGAGAUUCUUCACGCGACUGGCCAGGAUCGACCUGAUGUGGAAAUGGGCACAACUUCCGCAGGGCCGCGAGAGCAUUAUGAGCAGGAACCGACACAUAAUGAAGCGUCAGCGCCUUACGAGUACCUCGAAGAUUCCCAUUUCACCACUGACCAUCCGCAUGACUCCCUUGAUUAUCUUGCCGCAAUAUCAGAGUCUGCUGAGCGCAUAGAGACUGUCUCCGAAAGUGUUCAACAGGCCUAUGAGGCGGCCAUUGAUCCUAGCCUGUACGAAGUUGGGGCAGUGCAAAGCGAUCUCGCUCGGGAAAUGGGCGCCGAUGACCGUCAGCAAUCGGUCGCCAGCAACGGGGCCUCAGAAUCCUCAGAAUCACUAGAAAACAGACGCGCAAGAGAUUUGGCCCUACAGCUGGAUGGCGCCUCCCCAGCAGUAUACGCUGAGUCCGCUGAGGCGACCGUGUCCAUAACAACUGUUCACGCAGCCGAGCAAUUGGUCACCCCAGGUCCUUCCCAGCUUGUCGAAACUGAUAAGGCUCCUACCUUCAUUGAGACUAGGGACCGAGUGCUACUGACGCCAGACAUAACCCAGACUACGGAUGAACAACCAUCGACUCCUCCGGAAACUCGAACAAACGGCGUCUCAGAAGGAAGUCCUUCAGUGACAGUGGCAGUUAAAGUGGAGAAUACCUCAAAUGGCUUGGAACAGGAAAUAGAAAGCGAACCUGAAGCACCUAUGGUAGUAGUGGACGCUGCGGAGCCUACACUCUCUGACGAAAGCCAAAAGGUGCAAGCCAGCAUCGAAGUCGACCACGAAACCGAGGCAGGCGUUGGCGCAACCCACCUUUCUCCGGUAGACAGACAUUAUCCCGGACUGCGAAGCAAACUCUCCUACUUUGCACCGCUUGCAACUCUUAUCGAUCACUAUAACGCCUUGGUUGACACUAUCUCCAUAGCCUGUGAUGUCCAGCCCGCGACGAAGGCUGCUGCCGGAAAGAAGGACUUUAUAUUGACCUUACAACUCACUGAUCCCUCGAUGGCCGGGACAGCCCUCUACGCCCAGAUCUUACGUCCGUACAAGUCAGCCCUGCCAUCGCUUCAAGAAGGUGACGCUGUCCUACUUCGAAACUUUCGCGUCAAAAGCUUCGACCACUCUGUCAUCCUAGUCAGCGACAGCACAAGCGCAUGGGCCGUUUACUCCGCCUCCUUCGGAGAGCCCGAUGUAACCGGCCCACCUAUCGAGGUUAGCAGUGAGGAAAAGACCUUCGCCACCGAUUUGCGGCAGUGGUACCUGGAAGGCGGAAUGGCCAUGGUGGCAGAUAAUCAACUCCAAGCCUCCAUAGGCAGGGAAAGCAGAGAAGGGACGCCGGAUAGUAGCGUUGCGCAGAGCGAUGCUGGGGAUCUGGAUAUGGCCCUCCGUGAAGUCCGUGGGGAUACAACUUCAAGUCGAGGGUCGAGGAGGAGAAAGUCGCAUCGGAGGAUUACAAUUCAUGAAUUAAGAGAUGGGAGGAGGUAUACUGAGGUUGGGUCUUCGCCCGGGGAGGGAAGUAUUCAUGAGCUGCGGGAUGGUACUGUUUAUGCGAAUCUUUGA